CUGCUGGAAUGAUGCUCUGCAAGCUUCGUCUCCACUUCUGCAUCUGAAAGGAGGAGAAAAGCCGCGACUUCCUGUGUGAUCUGGUUCAGCUGACUUCAGCGUGGUWUCUGACUCUUCACCGAGAAGAACAGAGGAUUCUGAUGGUGCCGGAGGGGUCGUAGCUACCAGGGUCCCCCGAGCAAGAAGCGGCCAUAAAUGUCGAUUGUUUACAUUAGUGGAUCAAGCCUUCCUCGUUCCCCCGCCUCCCAGCGGCUCCGCGCGUCCGCCUCGCAGCGUCGCCGCAGAUAGCGCCAGUGGAGCGGGGCUGAUGGCCGCGGUCCUCGGCCCGGCCUUCAUCAGCAGCAGCAGCAGCGGUAUCUGUGCAUCUUAACGACCCACACGGUUCUUGAUCUGGGAGGAAGUGUAGACGAGACGGGGCGCAGGGUCGCACGGUGCAUGAAUGUGCUGGUCCCGGAGCUGACCCGGAGAUGGCUGUUCUGAAGCUGGCUGACCAGCCUCCUCUGAUCCAGGCGAUCUUCAGCGGAGACCCUGAGGAGAUCCGUAUGCUCAUCUACAAGUCUGAAGACAUCAAUGCUCUGGAUGCAGAGAAGCGCACCCCCCUGCAUGCAGCAGCCUUCCUGGGUGAUGCAGAGAUCACAGAAAUCCUCAUCCUCUCUGGGGCCCGGGUCAAUGCCAAAGACAACAUGUGGCUCACUCCUCUGCAUCGGGCUGUGGCGUCCCGGAGCGAGGACGCUGUGCGAGUGUUGAUCCGUCACUCAGCAGACGUGAAUGCACGAGACAAGAACUGGCAGACGCCGUUGCACGUUGCCGCAGCAAACAACGCACUGCGAUGCGCUGAGCUCAUCAUCCCAAUGCUGAGCAGCGUGAACGUGUCGGACCGCGGCGGCCGAACCGCCCUGCACCACGCUGCUCUCAACGGCCACACCGAGAUGGUGAACCUUCUGCUGGCUAAAGGAGCGAACAUCAACGCCUUCGAUAAGAAGGACGGCCGAGCGCUGCAUUGGGCUGCUUUCAUGGGUCACCUGGAUGUAGUGCGCCUGCUGGUCAGUCAGGGUGCAGAGAUCAGCUGUAAGGACAAACGGGGGUACACUCCACUCCACGCAGCAGCCUCCAGCGGGCAGAUCACCGUGGUUAAACAUUUUCUCAACCUGGGGGUGGAGAUCGACGAGCCCAACGCGUUUGGGAACACAGCGCUUCACGUGGCCUGCUUUAACGGUCAGGAUGCGGUCGUCAGCGAGCUGAUCGAUUACGGUGCCAAUGUCAGCCAACCCAACAAUAAAGGGUUCACCCCGCUGCACUUCGCUGCUGCCUCCACACACGGAGCGCUCUGUCUGGAGUUCCUGGUCAACAACGGGGCUGAUGUCAACGUUCAGUAACGUGGACUGUGUCAAACUACUUCUGAGUAGUGGAGGAGAGCACAACAGGAGAGACAAAUGUGGCAGGACUCCUCUUCAUUACGCCGCUGCCAGUCGUCACUAUCAGUGUCUUGAGACUCUGGUGGCUUGUGGCACAGAUCUGAACGCGACGGAUCAGUGGGGGCGAUCCGCCCUGCACUACGCUGCAGCCUCAGACCUGGAGAGGAGGCGCCGUGUUGCUCUGGAGCCUGAGAGUGAAGGAGUCCAGGCUGAGAGAGAGAAGGAGGCGGCUCUAUGUUUAGACUUCCUGCUUCAGAGCGGAGCCACGGCCUCACUGAAAGACAAGCAGGGCUACAGUCCUGUUCACUAUGCUGCAGCCUUCGGACACAGGCACUGUCUGGAACUGCUUUUGAACAGAGAUGACUGUCAUGAUGAAGAUUCAGAGUCUUCCAAAGCCAGGAGCCCCCUGCACCUCGCUGCGUACCAUGGCCACGCUCAGGCUCUGGAGGUACUGCUGCAGGGUCACAAAGAGGUGGACCAGGGGGACGAAGCAGGGCGGACCCCUCUGGCCCUGGCAGCCCUGCGGGGUCACAGCGAUUGUGUCCACACACUUCUCCAGCAGGGGGCGUCRUCGCACUCCGUGGAUGCGCAGUAUGGACGCACACCUGUACACGUGGCAGUGAUGAACGGUCAUACGUCGUGUGUGCGCCUCCUGUUGGAUGAAUCGGACAACACGGACCUCAUCGAUGCUGUCGACUCUCAGGGACAGACUCCUCUGAUGCUGGCAGUGGCCGGAGGUCAUGUUGAUGCUGUGUCGCUGCUGCUGGAGCGUGAGGCCAGUGUCAACUUGGCUGACAGCCACGGCCUGACUGCGCUGCACCUCGGGCUGCUGUGUGGUCAGGAGGAAUGCAUCCAGUGUUUGAUGGAGCAGGAGGCCUCGGUUCUGCUUGGUGACAGUCGGGGUCGCACGGCCAUCCACCUGGCCGCCGCCCGAGGCCACGCCGCCUGCCUCAGCGAGCUGCUGGGCAUCGCCUGCUCCGAGUCGCCAUCUCUGCCACCUCUGAGGGACCACAGCGGGUACACACCACUGCACUGGGCCUGCUACUACGGCCAUGAAGGUUGUGUUGAGGUUCUGUUGGAGCAGAAAGGCUGUCGCUGCAUCGAUGGGAAUCCCUUCACCCCUCUGCACUGCGCUGUGUUAAAUGGUCACGAGCCGUGUGCGUCGCUGCUGCUGGAGGCCAUGGGAUCAGACAUCGCCGGCUGCAGAGAUGCUAAGGGCAGGACUCCUCUUCAUGCUGCAGCAUUUGCAGGUCAUGUGGACUGCAUCCAGCUGCUCCUUUCCCAUGAUGCACCUGUAGACGCUGUAGACCAAACCGGUCACACUGCACUGAUGAUGGCAGCUGAGAAGGGCCAAGCUGAAGCUCUCGGUCUGACGCCUGCUCUGGCUUGUGCUCCUAGCAGAGAGGUGGCUGACUGUCUGGCUCUCAUUCUGGCUACCAUGAUGCCUUUCUGCUCCCCUUGCAGCUCCGGAGCUCCUUCCCCAGGCUCCCUGCUGAAGCGGCUGCCCCACCAGGGGGGUAAAGGCUCAGGCGCUGCUGCUCGGGGACCACGCAGUCCCAGGAACCCCUCAGGACCUUCCAGCGAAGGAACUACUGAGAAUGACUCGGAGGACUCCGAAACAUUUUGACCUCCUCUGAACAAACUCCGGCCCAAUACCUCAAACCUGAAUGUCCCACAGGACAGGUGUUUCUCCAGGUGGAAGCAGACGUGGAGCUCCAAGGGGUUCAAGGUUUAAACAAAUGAGCAGCUCCAYAAAUGACCUCACAAAUCUUAUUUCUUCCUUAAUUUUGUAGUGGAUUUAAGAGAAUAGCCUCCUCUGAACCCUAACACUCAUGUUGUUUUAGAAAAACUUUGAGUAAAGUCUUCUAGAAAAUAURAACUUAAACUCAUGUUUUUAUCUUUUAAAAAAAUAAAAGAACAGCUUUUACUUUGAAAA